AUGUUUAGGAAAGAUAUUAAAAAGAUUUACUUAAAAAAUCACCUUAAGAAAAUAUAUAUUGUAAAAAGACAAAAUGAAAAUAAGAUUAUUGAAGAAAAAAAAAGCAGUGUUUUGUAUAAAGACUUUAAAGAAUUUAUACUUGUUUUAAUAAAUAUAAGAAAAUAUGAGAAAGCAUUAAAAAAGUUAAAGGGUAAUAAAGCGAGUUGUGAGUUUUCCAAGGUUUUACAAGAAUAUUUGGAUUUUUAUUUGUCAACGUUUGGAUAUAAAUUUCAUACGUUUAUAUUGGAAUAUAAAACUGGUGAUGAAAUAAAUGAUCCUAAUAAUUGUUAUGUUAUAAAUAAAUUAAGAAAGAGUGAUAUUGAAAAAAUAGUAAAUAAGGAAUAUUCAAGAAUAUUAUUUAAAUAUGAUAGUAUAAAAUAUGUACUAUAUUAUAUUAAGAAGCAUACAUUAUUAUUCCAAACAUUUAAUUGUCAUUUCAAAAAAUUGUUAAUAAAUUAUUUAUUUGUAACAUUGAAUCCUUUGAAUGUUCUCAUUUUUGUUUAUUUAAAAUUAUAUCAAAAUAAUGACAAAACAAAUGUUGUUUCAAAAAGCGAUGCUAAGGAUAAGAUAGAAAAUAAAGAUAAAUUUGAUGAAGAAAUAAAUGAUAUUCCUUUAAGUGAGAAUAAAAAUAUUUGUGAAAAUAAUAAUGAAAAUCACAAUGAUUUAGAAAACUCUCAGAUAAACUACGAAAUCAUAUUAAAUAAAAAUGAAAGAUCUAAUUGUACUAAUCUUUUUUGUGAUGAAAUAUAUUGGUUUAUAUGUUUUUUUGGAGAUUAUAUUAUAAAGUAUAAUAUAAUUAGAUGUUAUGGGGAAAUAUAUAGAAAUAAAAAAAUUAUCCAAAGAAAAUUAAGAAUAUAUCAUUGGGUUAAGAAAUAUGUUCAAAAUUAUUUAAUACAAAAGUUUCAUUGUUAUUCUUAUUCAAAAAAUAUAAAAUUAUAUGAUACAUGGUAUGAACAUAUGUUAUAUAUAUAUGAAAAAAAAUAUAAGGAAUAUAUUCCCAAAUUAAAAAAAUUUAUCCAAAUUGGUAAUGGAUAUAAAAGUAUUAAUAUGUGUCACAAAAGCUUUUCAUAUAUAUAUGAUUUAGUUUUACUUUUAUAUUUUUUGAAAAUAUGUUUUUUUUAUUUAAAUGAACAUAUUAAUUUUGUUCUUCAUUUAUCUUUAUAUACUUUAUAUAAAAGUAUCAAAAUUUUUGUCAUAUAUUUAUAUUUUAAUCUUCCCAAGUCUAUGUGUCAUUACUUUUUAAAUAUUUAUUUGAUGUUUUUUAAAAAAAAAAAUAUAAAAGCUGCUCAUAUACUUAGUAAAAUGAAAUGUACAUAUAAAAAUAUGAUGAGCCACAUUUAUGCACACAGAAAUUUCUUAUAUACCAAUGGAAAAUUAAACUCUCAUGAAAAAAGAACAAAUCUUCCUAUUUAUUUAAGACAAAGAAAUUUAAACAGUAAUCUGAUUCAAUGUGAAGAUAAUGAUAAGAAACUAAUAUCAAAAAAUGAUUGUACAGAAAAUUUAAACAAACAAAAAAAUGUACAGAAUUGUAUUAUUGUUGAUAGUCAAAAUGAUCAAAAAUACAAAAUAUCUAAAAUUCACCUGAACAAUUCACAAAAAAAAAGAUAUGAAAAAAUAUUAAAUUUAACAUAUUUUGAUAUAAAUGAAUACGAUGGAAAAGAUAUUGAAAAUGAAAGUCAAUUAAAAAAAUUUUUGACAUUUCAUUUUUAUGGAUCUAUAAUACAAUUGAAAUAUAAUAACGAAAUUUUUUUGAGGAAGAAAAAGUAUAAGGAUCAAAAGGAAAAAAAAGUAAAUCAAAAUAAAAUAAAGAGUGUAGAAGGAAAAAUAAAAAGAAAAAUAAAAAGAAAAAGAAUUAAAAAUAUAAAAAAGAUUAAAAAAAAUGAGCAAAAUGAAAUUAACAAAAUUAACGGUUUCUUUUAUCCAAGGAAAAUUCAAAAUAAAAAGAGACAAAUAUUAUUAUAUAAUGUACUGAUAAAUAAUACAAAAGAAUUAUCAAUAUAUAUGAAUAAGAAGCAAAUGAAUGAUCCAAAACAUUCUCUACAUCGUGUAGUGAAAAAAAGUGAUAUUAGAAAAAAGAGUAAUCUAUAUUAUCAUAUAAAUGGUGAGCAUAAAAUGUAUAUACCUAGUGGUAAUUUUUAUUUUUGUAAUAAAAAAAUUAUUAAUAAAUUAUUUGAAACCAUAUUGUAUAAUAUAAUACAUAAGGAAAAUCAUAUGAUUGAUGUAAAUCAAAAGGAAAGGAAUUUAUUUAUAUUAGAUAAAAAAAUAAAUGAUGAAAAUCAAAAAUGUGAUUAUGUUAAUAGGAGUCCCUUAAAGGAACAGAAUCCUUAUUUGGACAAUGAAUGUGUCACCCCAAACAAAAUUGAUUUAUGUAAUGAGCAAAAUGAAGAUGAUAAUAUGGUGACUCUAUGUAAGGAUGAAAAUAACAAUGAAAAAAUUGAUAAUUAUCAAAAUAACAAGGACAUAUAUAUGGAGGAAGAAAAUAUAAUUGAACAAAAUGAAAUAGAACCAAACGAUAAAGAAAAAAAUAAAAUUGACGAAAAAGAAAAUAUGGAUAAUAAUGAUAUAAUUAUUGAAGAAGAAAAUAAUAAUAAGGAUAUAGACAUAUCUGUUGAGGUUAAUAUGGAAAAAGAUACUUGUCCUAGUGAUGAAAAUGUUUCAGUGAAUAAUGAAGCUGAUGUUAAUAAAUUAUCACAAAAUGUGAUGAAGGAAAAAUAUCUUAAUGAAAAUAAUAGUAUAAUAAAAUAUGAUUUAAAAAGUAAGAAAAAUGAUUAUGUUGGAAAAUAUAAAAUAUAUUUUAGUGAUGAAUCUACAAGCUCUGAAAAUACAACCGAUGAUUAUGAGUAUUAUAUGAAAAGAAGAAAUAAAUCCAAACCAAAAAUUAAGGGGAAAAAUGAAAAGAAAAAGAAAGAAAAUGUAAUGAAUAAGAAAAAUAUGCAAUUGCAAAGGGAUAAGAAAAAAAUUCAUGAGGAUAAUGUAAAUAUAAAUAAAACGAAUUCAAAGAAUAAACAACAGGAUAAUGAACAUGAUACGAAUAGUAAAAAAGAUAAUAAAAUAAUAAUAAAUACAAAAGAAACAAAUAUUCCAAAAGAUAACAAUGCUGAAGGUAAAAAUAUAAUUGAUACUAUAAAGGAAAAAACAUGUAAUGAAUUUAUAAAAGAUACAAAUGAAUCUUUGUGUAUUAAAAAUAACGAUACUACUGAUAAUAUCAUGAAAAAUAAAAUUAAUCAUAAAAAUAUUUCUAUUGAUGACGAAUACGAUCUAAAAGAAUAUGAAGAAGAUAGUAUUAAUGAAAAUAACAAAAGAGUAGAAAACGUAAAAAUAAAUACAUUUAACGAUUCAAAAGAAUGUAUGUUGGAAGAAAAGGAAAUAAUUGAUAAUAACAAAAAGGUUUAUAAAAAGAUUCAAACUUUAAAAUCAAAAGGUAGUAAAAAAUUAAUUUUUAAUUUGUCAUUAAGUGAAAAUGAGGAAUCGUCCUUAAUAAUAGAAAGUUUGGAUAACAACCAAGAAACAAGAGAAAUGAAGGAGUUACAAGAAAUAUAUGUUAAUAGUAUGGAUGAAGAAGUAAAUACAAAAGAAAAAAGCGGGUCAUUAAAAGGUGAUAACAACAACAAAAAAAACAACAACAACAACAAUAAUAAUAAUAAUAAUAGUAAUAAUAAUAUGGUAGAUUUGAAAGAAAAGGAUUAUCAUAUUGAUAUACAUGAUAAGGAAGGAGAACAUGUAAAUAUAUUAAAAGAACAAAAUAAAUUAAAAGUAGGAUAUCAUGAUUUAUAUAAUAAUAUUGGAGGUAUAGAAAAACCAUUUAUAGAUACUUGUGAAAUAUAUAUUAAAGAAAAUGUAUUGAAUAAUACACAGAAGAAAUUCAAUUUAAUUCAUAUUUAUCAUAAAUUCAAGUUAGGUAUUGUUUAUUUAUUUGAUCAUUAUAUAAUAGGAGGGAUUAAUUUAAUUAACCCUUAUAACAGUAUUGAAAAUGAAAGAUAUAAACAUUUUGCAUGUAUACAAUCCAAUAUAAAUGAUAUGGAUCAUACUAAAAUAUUUAGAUACAACGAAAAAGAAUUAAUCAUGUCUUUUAAAAAGAAUUCAGAAAUAUGUUUAUUAAGUGAUAAGAAUGAAAAAAGAAUAAUGAAAAUUUUAUGUAAAAAUGGGAAAGGAUUAAAUGGUUCAAUUUUUAAAUGUACUAUUAAUAACAAAUUAUUUGCAUGCAAAGUACAACAUAAAUUACAUUUAGCAAAAAAAGAAAUAUACUUUUCAUAUUUAUUAAAGGUACGCAAAUCUAAUAAAAUAAAUAAAUACACAAAAUAUAAUAAUGUAAAUUAUUCAGGAAGGCAACUCUUUUAUGAAAUUUAUGAGAAGGAAAAUAGGUAUAUAUUUCCGGAUGAACUACAUUAUAAAUCUGCCUCAGAUCAAAAGAGCAAAGAUGUUGAAAUAAAGACAUAUAAUGAGAAUAACAAAAAUAUUUACAAUAUGGAAAAUAAUCACAAAAUUGAUAAAAUUUAUAAUGUUGAUAAAAUUUAUAAUGUUGAUAAAAUUCAUAGUGAUGAUGAAGAGUAUAGUAAGAGCCAGAAAAAAGUCAAGGAAGAAAAAAAUGAAAACAUUAAAAAAGAAACAUUGAAAGAAAAAAGAAAUAUGUCCAUUUUAAUUAUGAAUACACACAAUAAUGUUAUAACAUUAAAUGAAUUAAUUAAUUAUUUUAUUAGGAAAAAUUAUAAAAGUGUAAAUGAAGAAUUAAUUUUAUUCAUUAUUUAUCAAAUAAUUGUAUCUGUACUUCAAUUACAUUUUCUAGAUGUCUUACACGGAGAUGUAAAAAUUGAUAAUAUUUUAAUUAGUAAAAAUGAAGAUUUAUGUAAUAGAGAAGGGCGAAGAAGGGGGAAAAAAAGAUACAAUGGUGAAUAUAAUAAAAAUAAGAAAGGAAAUAAUAAGUAUAAAACAAAGGAAAGAGAAAGAAAACAAGAAAAAGAAAAAGAAAAAGAAAAAGAAAAAGAAAAAGAAAAAGAAAAAGAAUAUUCAAACAUUCAUAAAAAUAGUUUCGAUUUUAAUAGUUUGUAUAAAAAUAAUAGAUAUUUAGGUAAAGACAAAUUAAAUAAUUAUAAUAAAGAGGAUAGCUUUUUAAAAACUACGAGUUUUCCCUUGAAUCUUUUUUUAAUAGAUAUUGGUAGAGGUAUAGAUAUGAAAAACUUUAAAAAGUAUCUUUUUUAUGGUGAAAAGAAUUGUGAUUGUUAUAGUUUUUUAAAUGAUUCUAUUUAUAAUUAUCAUAUUGAUUUUAUUGGUAUUGCACAAAUAGCUAGCUGCCUUUUAUUUUACAAGCAUAUAGGUCAUACAAAAUACCGAUAUGAAAGGACAUUGAAUGAUAAACAUAAUAUCACCGUAAAUAACUUGGGUAUUACAUAUUCAACACACAAUAAUCAUUUUAAUAAUACAAAUGGGCGUAAUACAUGUUAUACAAAAAGGAAAAAAAAAGGAAAGGAUGUUGCAAAUGAUCAAGUGAAAUAUAAGAGUAGUAAGAAAGAUAAAUAUAAAGAAAUUGAGAACUUCAUAAAGAUUAAGGAAAAGGUAUAUCAAGAGGAGGAUGAUAUGUGUAUAGAGAAUAAUGAUUCUUUUAUGGAUGAACAUUGUUUAUAUGAUAAUGAAGAGAACCCCAAGAGGAAGAAUAUGAGUAAAAGUAAGAGUAUGAAUAAAAGUAAUGGUAUGAAUAAAAGUAAUGGUAUGAAUAAAAGUAGUGGUAUGAAUAAAAGUAGUGGUAUGAAUAAAAGUAGUGGUAUGAAUAAAAGUAAUGGUAUGAAUAAAAGUAAUGGUAUGAGUAAGAACAAAGAAAAAAUAAAACAAAGCAACAACUUACGUAAUGUUAACAAUUUAAACAGUUUAGACGAUUUGGAAGAUAUGAUGAAAAAUAAAAAAGAGAAUAAAUGCUCCUCCAGUUUAUAUGAUGAAAAUGAUGAUAAGGAAAAUAUAUAUUUUAUAGAUUAUUCUAAAAUAUUAUCCAUUGACAAUAAGAAUAAAGAAAAGAUAUUUUAUUAUUUAGAUAAAAUAAAAAAACAGUCUGACAAUUAUUUUGUUGAGAAGAAUAAUGAAAAUAAAAUAAAAAAUUUCUAUACGAAAUUUAUGUUAAAAAGAAAAAAGUACGCACAAUUUUGGGAAAUGUUUUUUCAUAUUUUAUUAAAUUUUUGUAAUAUAUACGAAUUAAAUCAUAUACGAUAUAAUUCAAAUGAAGAGAUUCUGAAUAACAAUUCAGAUGAUGAUUUGUAUGUUCAUAAAUUAAUAAAUAAAACAGAGAAUUAUUAUUUUGAUUUUAAGAAAAAUAAUUGGCAAGAAAUUCAUAAAAGUCCUCAAAGAAAUGAUUCAAAUAUUUCUAACGAUGGUAAUAAAAAUAUAAUUAAUUUAUCUGAUAGAUGUUAUAGUAACAUACCAUAUGAAAAUAAGUUAACUAAUUUAUAUUAUAUUCAUGAAAAGGAAAAUGACAAUUCCAAAAAUAUAAUAAAUAAUCAUCAAGGUGAUAAAGAUAUAAUAUUGUCAACAAAUAAAAAUAUUCCAAUAAAACAUCCCAAUGAACAUAUUAAAUCAUAUGAAAACAAUAUAUUAAUAAAUAACGAUAAUAAUAAAUUAUUGAUUUCUAAAAAGGGAAAUUAUAAAAAUACAAUACUAAGAAAAGAUAUACAAGGACAUAACUACAAUAGCAUGGGAAAAAACAGCAAAUAUUUUUUUAUAAAAAAUUCCAUAUCAAAUUUUAAAUGUAUAAGGAAAAGCUUGUAUAAACAUAAAUAUGAAAAUAAAACUAAGGAUCAAAAUAAAGAUGAAAUGAAAAAUAAAAAUAUACAUGCCCCUGAGGAAAAUACACAAAGUGGAAAAUUGAAAAGAAAAAUCAUAUUUUUUGAAAACGAACAAAAUAAAACCAAAUGUAGAAAAUUAAAUAAUGAAAAACAAUAUUAUAAUAAUGAAUAUAAAUAUAACGAAGCUAAGAGAUCUACAAAAUAUAUUAAUAAACUCAUGAAAAAAAAAGCAAUCUUUAUCCUUCUAAAUUUAAAAAGAUCUAUUGAGCGCAUAUUUGAUGAAGACGAGGAGAAGCAAACAAUUUUGUUAAACGAACUUUAUAACGCCUCCACUUUUUUUUAA